AGGGGGAAGUUAGUGCGGUGUGCAGUUCUGGCCGGCGUGUGCGAUAAUGCCGGUUCCACAGCUCCUGGUGCUUUUCGGCAGCCAGACUGGCACUGCCCAGGACGAGGCGGAGAGGCUGGGCCGCGAGGCCCGGCGCCGGCGGCUAGGUUGCCGCGUGCAGUCUUUGGACUCUUACUCCGUGGCGGAUCUCAUUAGGGAGCCCCUGGUGAUAUUUGUUUGUGCGACCACAGGCCAAGGAGACCCUCCUGACAACAUGAAGAACUUCUGGAGGUUUAUAUUCCGGAAGAGCCUGCCCUCCACCUCUCUCUGUCAAAUGGAUUUUGCUGUCCUAGGCCUCGGGGAUUCCUCAUAUGCCAAGUUCAACUUUGUGGCCAAGAAGCUACAUCGCAGACUGCUGCAGCUAGGAGGCAGUGCCCUCCUGCCCCCAUGUCUAGGUGAUGACCAGCAUGAGCUGGGGCCUGAUGCUGCCAUUGACCCCUGGGUAGGAGACCUUUGGGAGAAGAUAAUGGUUAUGUACCCAGUACCCCUCGACAUUCCUGAGAUUCCUCAUGGAGUCCCCUUGCCCUCCAAGUUCAUCUUCCAGUUUCUUCAGGAGGUCCCCAGCAUAGGGGCUGAGGAGCUGAACAUAGCCAGCUCAGCCCCUCAGACACCCCCAUCGGAAUUACAGCCCUUCCUGGCACCUGUGAUCACCAACCAGAGGGUCACUGGCCCCCAACACUUUCAGGAUGUUCGGUUGAUUGAGUUUGACAUUACAGACUCAAAUAUCAGUUUUGCUGCUGGUGAUGUUGUAUUAAUUCUGCCCUCUAACUCGGAGGCCCACGCCCAGCAGUUCUGCCAAGUGCUGCACCUGGACCCCAGUCAGUUUUUCACACUUAAGCCACGGGAACCAGGUGUCCCUUACCCACCAGGGCUGCCUCAGCCCUGCACUGUGUGGCACCUUGUGUCACAGUACUUGGACAUUGCCAGCGUGCCCCGCCGCUCCUUCUUUGAGCUCCUGGCUUGUCUCUCCCCACACGCACUGGAACGGGAGAAGCUGCUGGAAUUCAGCUCUGCCAGAGGUCAGGAAGAGCUCUGGGAGUACUGUAAUCGGCCCCGCAGAACCAUCUUGGAGGUGCUGUGUGACUUCCCACACACGGCGGGUGCCAUUCCUGCAGACUACCUUUUAGACCUCAUCCCUCGGAUCCGCCCUCGGGCCUUCUCCAUUGCUUCCUCCCUGCUGGCUCAUCCCAGGAGGCUACAGAUCCUUGUGGCUGUGGUAAAGUACCAGACUCGACUGAAGGAGCCCCGCCGUGGCCUAUGCUCCUCCUGGCUAGCAUCCCUGAACCCUGGGCAAGCAGAACCCGUCCGGGUACCUCUGUGGGUACGGCCUGGGAGCCUCGUGUUCCCAGAAACACCAGACACACCCGUUAUCAUGGUGGGACCUGGAACUGGUGUGGCCCCAUUCCGAGCAGCCAUUCAAGAACGAGUGGCCCAUGGCCAAACUGGAAACUUCUUGUUCUUUGGCUGCCGCCAGCGGGAUCAAGACUUCUACUGGCAGACUGAAUGGCAGAAGCUAGAGCAGAAGGGCUGCCUGACCCUGGUUACAGCCUUCUCCCGGGAGCAGGAACAGAAGGUGUAUGUGCAGCACCGGCUCCGGGAACUGGGCGCACUUGUCUGGGAGCUGCUGGAUGGCCGAGGUGCCUACUUCUACCUAGCAGGCAAUGCGAAAUAUAUGCCUACGGAUGUUUCGGAAGCUCUGCUGUCCAUUUUUCAAGAAGAAGGACAACUCUCCACUGCAGAUGCGUCUGCCUACCUUGCCAGGCUCCAGCAGACACUGCGCUUCCAGACUGAGACCUGGGCCUGAGGAGCCACUUGCCA